CCUGCUUCAGGUGCAGAAAUACAGCUAUUUCUAGUGCCACCUGUUGAGCCAGUGCCAGCACCAGGGGCAGGGCCCCCUCCAAGGACAGCGCUGGAGCUAGAGGAAGCUCCAGAGCCCUCCUGCCGCUGCCCUGCUCAGGACCAGCCCAGUGAGGAGCUGCCUGACUUCAUGGCACCUCCGGUAGAGCCACCGGCCUCAGCCCUGGAGCUGAAAGUGUGGCUGGAGCUAGAGGUGGCAGAGAGGGGUGACCAGCACAGCUCCAGCCAGCAGGUCCCACACUGCUCCCAGUCCUGGGCACAGUGGACGCUAUGGAGGCAGAGACCAGGGUGUGCAACCUGGGCUUCUCUGCCUCAGUGGAGAGGGACUUCUGUCAUUCAGCAGAGCAGCAGCCCUGCUGCUGAAGGGCCUGCUGCUACUGCUGCUGGGGGUGUUUGCCUGCCUGCAGGAGGUGCUGGAGAGCAAGAAAAGGAGCCUGUGAGCAGGGGUUCCAACAGGUCCUCCUACUCCCAGAGGCGACCUCCAUGCCUCCUGAGAGGCAUGGAGGUUUGCCCUCAGCUAGGCAUCUGGGCCAUUUGCCUCUAAUGUGCUGCCCAGGGUGGCCUCUUCUUGACAGGCGAACAGGGGGUGAGGGGGCCAGGGGGCAUCUCCAAAGGAAGCUUUUAAACUCAGCAGCUGCACCCCAGAAUCUCCACGCCUGCACCUGCGCAAGGAUUUAUUCAUAGCUUAACUAAGAAUUUCAAAUUUCUACCAUAACACUGAAAUAAAGUUUGACUUUUUGAAACUUC